GUGCAAAAAAAAUGGAACUGUCUUUUAGCAUCCAGCAUCGCGAUGAAAGAACAUUGGCAACCAAAUAUGAGAAACUUGGCGGUAAAGUGAAAUGGAUGGGCAAGCCUGAUAAGAUCAUCUAUAAAGCAGCUGCGGAAAUGGCUGCUAUAGAUCCUUCACAGUGUGUUGCCAUUGGAGAUUCUCUGUACCAUGACAUAAAAGGUGCAAAUGCCACUGGUAUCUCAUCAGCAUUUAUCACUGGUGGGAUCCAUGCGACUGAACUUGGACUUGAUACCUUCGGAGAAAUUGCUGAUGAUUCUUCUGUGGUUGCUCUUGCCUUAAGACAUGAUGCUUAUCCAUCAUAUGUGUUGCCUUCAUUCAAUUGGUAGUCUGAUGGUUUGAGAAUAGAGGUUCUACUGAUGCCAUUGCUAAUGUUCCAUUUUCUAUAGCACCCUUUGUAGCUACAGCGCCAGCUUUUAAGUUACCGUUCAAGGAGCCAUCAUCGUGCUUUUCAUCUUUGUUUUGUUGUGAUCAGUUGUCUCAACUACAGCAAUGUAUGAGAAAGCUGCUUAUUUCUUGGUAGCUAAUGGGUUCUAGGUUACAAGCAAUGGGUGGUAAUAUAGUUUUAAUUUAAUGACUGUAUGUUCUGGGUGACAGGGUGAUCAGCUCAUUAGCAGACUUGUCUUUACUAAAAAGUUCAGAAAUACAAAUUGCUCAAUUUCAGAAUGCUACUUGCA